CUAAGCCGCUGUCCCUUCCCCUCCCGCGUCGUCCCCCUCCUCCUCCUCCUCCUCCUCCUCCUCCGACACCCAUUCGAAGGGACACGUCUGCGCGACGGACACACCGAACACCUCUCGAAGAGAGGCACGUGAUGGCACGCUGAUUACUUUGUCCAAUCGCUGUCUUUUCACCUCCUGGCUCUGAUCACCGCGCAGCCGGAUGGCACACACAUCGACCUCCGCAGGCUUGCCGGCAUCGCCUUUGUCCGCAUCAGACCCAUCCCCAAUUGGCGCCAGUGAUGCGAGCGCUUCAGACACACUGCGCUUGAUGAGACCGACGGAGUCUUUGUCGAGGCCUGUCGGUCCCUCCUUGCACUGGAAGCCGUAUAUCGUCGUCAAGCGCCCUCUCUCGCACACAAAAACGGAGAAGUCGAAGCCGAUGAAGCUCGAGUAACGCGGCUUGACGAAAUAAGAUACGGAGGGCUCUCCUGGGAGUGUCGGGUCCAUCUUGUCGUGGAAUUUGAUGAUGAGAUCAUUCACCGAUUCCGGCGGACUUAAUUGGAUGACACCCCCAAACUUGCAUCCAUCGUUGACUGCAGCGGGGAUCACCUGGGCCGCCGCGCUGCUCAAGUCUGCUUUUGCGAGUCCGACGGCCACCAGGUGAGAAUGGAGGAGCCUGAGAAGUAUUCCUGCGCCGGCAACGCCCUCCCAUCUCUUCCCGGACCCCCUGUCGAGUAGAAGCUGGUCGAGAAGCGUGGGAAUUACCCUCAGACCAGAGGCAAAUCCUUCUCCGAGCUCCGACUUGACCUCAUUUUCAAACCCUGACGCCCUACACGCCAGCCCAAGAUAGCAGGGCGGCCACAAACAUGACGAGUCAAAGACGUCGAUGAAGCGCGACCACGUCCCCAGACCACCCGCCCGCUCGACGUCGCCCUCGACGGCUGUUCGAACCACAUCUUGCGCAAGGGCUGCGUUGAGAGGAGGGCGCUUGGCUUUGCGGAAGAUCGUUUUGACCUCGUCGGGGGCAGGUCGCUCUUCCGAAUACAUGAGCGCCAGCAACGAUGGUGCCCGGCCGGUCCAGCACACGAAACCGGCAUGCACGUCUGGGCAGAGGCCGCUCUCGGUCACAUCGGGCAGCUUCUGGACUCUCGGAAUCUCUGGCCGGAAGACCCUGCGGCCGCCGAACUUGUAGUAGUACUUCUCCAGAUUGUCCCCCAGUGUGAAGACGUGGCUCGAGAACACGAAGCAACGGUGACGCUUGUUGAGGAAAUUGUUGGUGACGAAGAAAUCGAAGUCCUUUGCUGACCGCGCUUUCUCGAAGUCAGUGUCUUCGGGGAUGCGCAGGUUGAGCUCAUCGACGAAGAGCGCGAGAGGGUGGGUGCCAAGCCAUUCCUCGAUGCUCCUGGAGCUGACCGACACAUUUUCGACCCAGUCAGCAAAUGUCAGGUCGGCGGCUGCCUUGUCUGACGCCUUUGCCACUCUCUCGAGAGCCUCAGGCGUCGCAGUAGCCCAGGCUAUUCGCAAGCCAAUGGACUCCAGUGGUGUCUUGUUGUCGAGCUCAAAGACACUCGGCUUGGUAAACUCGUUGAACGUUAUGAAGAGAGCGGGAAUGCCAUGUUGUUGGAGACUCAGAGCCAGCUCCUUGAUCAUUCGCGUUUUGCCUCCAUACGAAAAGCGGCUGAUAGCGGUCGGCGGCACACGCCUGUAGGGUCCCCCACGGUCCCCAUCUAUCGUUUCACACUGGCGGAGAAGCUCUUUGCCGAUUUCCUCCAGAGCAGGCUGGCCGACGUAGGGUACUUUCUGGUCGGGGCUGAGAAUGACGCUGGGCACGCCAGUGGGGUCACGGUCAGUGGGGCUGGUGAGCUUGCCGACGCGGAUCAGGUCGGCGGCCUUGAUCUCCACAUCACUCCUGCCGCGGACGGCAUCUGCAGGCAGACAGACAGUACUUGAGUGAAUGACUCAGUGCCCGCCUCUCUCGUUGGCUGGCUGGCUGGCUGGCCCGCCCCACCCCUCCCAUCUAGACAACGACGUGGACCUACAAAGGCCAUCCAAAGGCAGCAGCCUUGUGGUUGUCUCGAGCCGCCCCAGGCGUCGCCAGUCAGCAGUGCUGUGGUCGCGGUGGCCCGGUGGCCCGCACCGAUGUGGGUCGGGGUGUAGCGGUGCAGGAAUGCCAAUGAUGCCGGCACUGCCCUCUCAGCCACGCAACACAAGAGCCAUCCUUCCAGGAUGACCAACAAGUACAACGAACCCGGCAU